GCCGGGAAGUUGUGUACAGCUUGGCCGCCUCGUGCGUGCUGUCAGCGGGCAGCGGAUCCCGCACAUACCCCUCGCUCCCUCUGAGCAUUUCAAACAUGCUCCCCACCACCGGCCGUCUCCUACUCUUCUUACUGCCCGCCUGUCUGGCCGCCAAUCCGCUCACCGUCUUCUCCAACCACUGGGCAGUGAGAAUCCCGGGGGGAUCCGAGGUGGCGGCGGAGCUGGCUGUACGGUACGGCUACCUGAACCUUGGCCAGAUUGGAAAUCUGGAGAAUUACUACCAUUUUUAUCACAGCAAGACCAUAAAACGCUCCACAUACGCCAGUCGUGGCACGCACAACUUCCUCAGGAUGGAUCCAAAGGUUGAGUGGAUGCAGCAGCAGGAAGUAAAGAGAAGGGUUAAGAGGCAUGUGCGAACAGAUCCAAACCCUGUAAACUUUAAUGACCCCAUAUGGCCAAACAUGUGGUAUCUGCACUGUAGUGAUGAAAGCAGCCGGUGCAGGUCAGAAAUGAAUGUCAUGGCUGCCUGGCAAAGAGGCUACACAGGCAAAAAUGUUGUUGUUAGCAUCUUGGAUGAUGGGGUGGAGAAGAACCACCCAGAUCUUGUACAGAAUUAUGAUCCUCAUGCGAGCCACGAUGUUAACGGAAAUGAUCAGGACCCAAGUCCCCGAUAUGAUUCCAGCAACGAAAACAAACAUGGUACUCGAUGUGCUGGGGAAGUAGCCGCCUCAGCCAAUAACUCACACUGCAUUGUUGGCAUUGCAUACAAUGCCAGGAUAGGAGGAAUCCGCAUGCUUGACGGUGAUGUAACAGAUGUUGUAGAGGCAAAGUCUCUGGGCGUCCGACCAGACUACAUUGACAUUUAUAGUUCAAGCUGGGGCCCUGACGAUGAUGGAAAGACUGUGGAUGGCCCUGGACCGCUGGCCAGAAAAGCUUUUGAGGAUGGCAUUAAGAAGGGCAGAAAAGGAUUGGGCUCCAUCUUUGUUUGGGCAUCUGGCAAUGGUGGUAGAGAAGGAGAUUACUGUUCCUGCGAUGGAUAUACCAACAGCAUAUAUACUAUUUCCAUUAGUAGUACAACAGAAAAUGGGUAUAAACCCUGGUACUUGGAGGAAUGUGCAUCUACCCUAGCAACAACUUACAGCAGUGGAGCAUUCUACGAGAGGAAAAUUGUCACCACGGACCUCAGACAGGGCUGUACAGACGACCACACUGGCACUUCUGUUUCAGCACCCAUGGUAGCUGGUGUCAUUGCUUUAGCACUGGAAGCCAACCCAAUGCUCAACUGGCGGGAUGUUCAGCAUUUGCUUGUGAAAACCUCACGCUCUGUCCAUCUCCGUGCCCCUGACUGGAGAACAAAUGGAGCUGGGCGCAAAGUCAGCCAUCUGUAUGGCUUUGGUUUGGUUGAUGCCGAUGCUAUGGUGGUGGAAGCCAAAAGGUGGAGAACAGUCCCUCCUCAACAUGUCUGUAUAGGCGCGUCUGACAGGCGGCCCAGGUUUAUCCGAGCUGACCAGCUGAUCCGUACUACCACUCAAACCAACGCUUGUGUAGAUAAUGCUGGGCACUAUGUGACCAAUCUAGAACAUGUGGUUGUCAGGGUCACCAUAUCUCAUCCACGGAGAGGGGACCUGCAGAUCUACCUCAUUUCUCCCUCAGGAACAAAGUCACAACUACUGGCUAAAAGAACGUUUGAUUCUUCAAAUGAAGGCUUCAAAAACUGGGAGUUCAUGACUGUGCAUUGUUGGGGUGAAAAGGCAGAAGGGGAAUGGACUUUGGAAAUUCAUGAUUCAUCAUCGCAGCUGCGCAAUCCAGAAAUACAAGGGAAGUUGAAAGAAUGGACUUUGAUACUUUAUGGGACAUCUGAACACCCCUACAAUCCAAUUAGUGCACAACACUCAAGAACAAGAACAUUGGACAUUUCUGCCACUGACUUGGAACCAUCUAAAUCGACUGUGAUCCAGAGUCACCUGGAAAUCAUAGAGGAGGAGGAAGAGUAUUCAGGUCCUUGCCACCCGGAGUGCGGUGACAGAGGGUGUGACGGGCCGACCGCUGAGCAGUGUCUUAACUGUGUUCACUAUAGCCUCGGAAGUGUCAAAGCUGGCAGGAGGUGUGUCAGUUCCUGUCCCUCUGGCUUCAUGGCAGAUGUGGCUGGCCGCAGAUGCCGGCGCUGUUUUAGAGGAUGUGAGGCAUGUUACGGACGAGGACACAACCAGUGUAGCUCCUGUAAGCGAGGUUUCUACCUCCAACUGGAUAGUAGCUCCUGUGCCUUCUCCUGCCCACUAGGGACUUAUGCUGAUGAAAAUCUAAAGAAAUGCAUCAGAUGUCAACAAAACUGUAAGAAAUGUGUUGGGAGCUCAGAAAAAUGCACAUUUUGCAAGGAUGGGUUCAGUCUUACAGGAUCCCUGUGUGUGCCAGAAUGUGAGCAAGGGACCUUCUACAAUACAGUUCCAAUGAAAUGUGAAAAGUGCCACUCGUCGUGUCAUACAUGCAUGGGUUCCGGAAAGGAGCAGUGCACACAGUGUGCAAGAGACUUUCACCUACAUGAGUGGCGAUGUGUCCCUGCCUGCAGCCCAGGCUUCUAUUCCGAGGAUGUUCCUGGGCUUUCCCACAAGGUGUGCAGACGGUGUGAAGAUAACUGCCUAAGCUGUGAGGCAAGUGGAAGGAACUGUGUGAGGUGCAGAGAAGGUUAUAGCCUCCUCAGUGGAUCUUGCGUCUCUAAUAACACUUGCAACAAUGCUGACGAGAUGUUCUGUGAGAUGGUGAAGUCGAGCAAACUCUGCGAGCGGAAGCUGUUCAUCCAGUUUUGCUGCAGAACUUGUCUCCUAGCGGGAUGACUCUUGGCACCACGACAGACUGCUUGCAGCUUACUAUGUUGGGUGGCUGUUCUCAACAUUUGAUUAGCCCAGAAUGUACAACACACCCACUCUAUUUACAAAUGGUGCAAAGCUUGACUAAACCUACAUUUUCUGCGCCAGGCAUAUCUCUGGUGAUGAAAGAACUCGUCAUCUUUAUUUUAAGUUUGUGUAUGUCACCUCUUUGCUUUUAUUAGCGCCAUUCUCUCUUAUGACUAAAUAUGUCAAGACAGACUUGGAGUGAUUUCAUUCUAAAGAAAGUAUUAUAACAUAACACCAUCUCGCCUAUUACCUCUAGAACCCACUGCAUUGGCCACCUUGCUGCCAUCACAUGAUGGAUGUCCAUGGGCAAUCCUUUAAUUUCAACUUUAGUGGGCAAAGGACACCUGAAAGGGACCCAUGUCACUGGUAACUUGGAAAGCCAUGAAUAUUUUCCUAUAUGGGAGCUUGGGGCAAUGCUAGAUAGGCAUAUUAACAUGUGGCCAAAUGCUUCCAGGAGUUAGUCACAAAAACGACUCCAUACAUGGAACCAAUCUAUUUUUAAAAAAGCCAAUCACAUUCAGUUAGAAAGCAUGAAUGCAACACAUAGUUUAAACUUUAAACAGUAAUGCACGCAUCACCUAUCACACAUAGUAAAUUCAGGGUGUUUGUAAAGCAGAUUUCACUUCUCCACAAAGGAAAGAAAAGAGUAAAAGAAAUCACAUUUUGGUUGGGAUUCUUAAAUGCCGUCACUUUCUAUCACGUCUAUAAAGCCUUGGCCAAUGGAAAGCAUUCUAGGGUUUAAGCUUUACUUGCUUGAAUAUUUUCCACUGCAUUGGCCACCUUGCUGCCAUCCCAUGAUGGAUGUCCAUGAACAAUCCUUUAAUUUCAACUUUAGUGGGCAAAGAACACCUGAAAGGGACCCAUGUCACUGGUAACUUGGAAAGCCUUGAAUAUUUUCCUAUAUGGGAGCUUGGGGCAAUCAUAGGCAUAUUAACAUGUAGCCAAAUGCUUCCAAUCACGAAAAACUACUCGAUGCAUGGAACCAUUCUUUGGGCUGAUCACAUUAAAUUAGAAAGCCCAAAUGCAGCGCCUAUAUACAGUACAUAGUUUAAAUGUAUUAUUGCUAAUUUUCAUUCACUAUUUCAGUGUAGAAUGUAGCCACUAACAGACCUAAUCUAUUCAGAGCACUUGCUUUUUAUUUAAGAAAAUGCACACGUCGCCUAUCACACGUAGUCAAUUCUAAAGUCAGGGUGUUUUUAAAACGCAUAUCACUUCUCAAUCAAUGAAAGAAAAUA